AUGAAUACAAGUGUUUGGCGCAAAGGUAUGUAUUCUUCCAGCAGUAUUUGCCUUGAUGGCUGCACUGCUGCGCACCUCUCCUCUUUCCAACACGACCCUGUGCUGUCUAAUUCAGAUGUGUCAGAUUUUUCUGUGCCUUUACACAAAGACGGUGAGGACAUAAGAAUGCUACCAGAGAGGACUUACUGCAGCAACAGUGAUGGUUUGACCUGUGCUGGCCAGCUGGAGCCCAAUCCAUCUCGAGAUUUACCCACAGGGAGGCACCCAUCUUCUGCUUCCAGUUCUUGUGGUCACUAUGAGUGGAACUUAAACAUUGGCCAUCAAGCAAAGCGUGCCAGAGUAGAAAAUAUCAUCAAAGGCAUGACCAGCUCUCCUGGUAUGCACUGCAUAGAUGUGAUGGCGGUCUCAGGAGCCGUGCAGGACAAUGAAAGGAUUCAAGAUCAGGAACACAUGGAGAGAAGUGGUUUAGGCAGUCAGACGGCAUUGAAGCCACUUGAGAGUCAGCAUCAGCACCUCAGAACAAGGUUCACCCAUGUGGAUGGCGUUACAGACACUUCAGAGAGCAGUAAAGAUGAGAAAUAUCCCACCUGGGAGGAUUCUUCUCAGGCAUCUCCGAGGGAUGCAUUUCCAGAUUCAUACAGUAAAUUGCAAAGCAGCUCAAGUAGAAAAUAUCAAGGAUGGAAGAAGGUGAAGCUGAUGAACUACUUCCAGUCCAGACCUGAGAGAAUCUGGCUGAUGGCAGAUGUUUUGAAGUAUGAACUGUCCAGAGCUGUUAAUAGGAGUGUCGACUCUAUUUUCAAAAGCAUGCCGCUUCUACAGACAUCGCUGAACGAUGAGGGGAAAGCAGAGACUGACGUGCCUCUUCAGUCAUCAGCUCGUAAAGAUGAAAAUUUCAGACUGUCCUGUUGUGGGAGUGCAGAGGUGCCAGAUGUUCAAACAGAAGCGUUGUCUCUGGUUGUACGAAAGCCUCCCCUGGAGAACAAGUUUAUCCUCCAGUCUAAGACAAGAGAUCCCCAUCGUCCCAAACCUCUCUAUGGCUCGGCUCCUCAUGAUCAUCAGCCAUCGGAGAAGAGCCACAGCGCUGCCGAUCAACACGCCCUCAAGUGCUUACAGGACGGAUGCUCUGAAGUUGGCCGAGAAAAGACUUUUGACACACGCUGGAGUUCGGUCAAAGUGAGAUCAAAGGUCAACUCCAGAUCUGUCAGAAGCCCACAGACUCACACUGUGUCGGUGGAUCCCCUGCUGCUGGAAAGCCUCUGUCUCCCUCAUGUCAAGAUCGAGUCUGAUUGCCUGGUGAAGAACAACCUGUAUGUGCUGAACGAGGGUUUGACCACAAAUCAUCUGAAGAAAGCAAAGCUUAUGUUCUUCUUCACUCGCUACCCGAGCUCACUGGUACUGAAGAUGUGUUUCCAUGAUGUGCAGUUCACGCGCUGCAUCACCUCUCAGCUCAUCAAGUGGUUCAGUAACUUCAGGGAGUUUUACUACAUCCAGAUGGAGAAGUUCGCCCGGCACGCUCUCAUCGAAGGAGUGUCGGACGUCAGGGGUCUGACUGUGGGGAGAGAAUCAGAACUAUUCAGAGCUCUCAACAUGCACUACAACAAAGCCAACGACUUCCAGGUCCCUGACAGAUUCCUGGAGGUUGCAGAGAUUACACUGAGGGAGUUUUACAUUUCCAUUUCAAUGGGCAAAGAUUGCGAUCCAUCAUGGAAGAAAGCGAUCUACAAGGUGAUUUGUAAACUGGACAGUGACGUACCAGUUGAAUUCAAAAGUCAUCGCUCUGGAUGA